AUGACUGCUAUGAACGGUGCAAGCGUCAAGGACGUUGACGAUCGUCUUUCGCAAUAUAAAACGAAUAUUGUCUUGGGUGAAUCGUUUGGUGGCAAGGAUAAAGAUCAUAAGCACUUUGCGCCCAAUAAAACGAAAAAGAAUUCUAAGCAUGAUAAGGAUGAUGCCAGCAAUGGGGAGGAAGAGGGCAAGCCCAAAGAAGACAUACCACCAGUGGCAUUUUUUAAAAUGUUCCGCUAUGCGACGAGCACAGAUCGCAUCUUAUAUUUCAUAGGAAUGGUGGGCGCAAUAGCAACAGGCUUAAGCGUACCUGCAAACAGUUAUAUUUUUGGAAAUCUCGCAAAUGACAUGAUUGUAUUUACGAGGCCUUUGAAUGACAGCUAUUAUAAAAGUUAUUCCUUGAUGGACCAAUUAUUGUUAGAUUCGGUGCAACAGUUUUCGCUGCAAAAUACGUACAUUGGUAUUGUGAUGCUCGUUUGCAGUUACUUGUCCGUCACGUGCUUUAAUUAUGCGGCGCACUCGCAGAUUCUGGCCAUACGCUCCAAGUUCUUUCGCUCCAUUCUGCAUCAGGACAUGAGCUGGUAUGACUUUAAUCAGAGCGGUGAGGUAGCCAGUCGCAUGAAUGAAGAUCUUUCCAAGAUGGAGGAUGGCCUGGGCGAGAAAGUUGUCAUCUUUGUGCACUUUAUAGUGGCCUUCAUUGGCUCUAUAGUGCUUGCCUUUGUGAAGGGCUGGCAGCUUUCGUUGGUGUGCCUGACUAGCUUGCCAGUUACCUUUAUUGCCAUGGGCUUUGUGGCCAUUGCUACCUCCAAACUGGCCAAGCAAGAGGUCAACGUCUAUGCAAGUGCUUCUGUAGUCGCUGAGGAGGCUCUGUCCGGCGUGCGUACGGUCAAAGCGUUUGAGGGGGAAUACAAGGAGGUAUUCGCGUACAAGGAAAAGGUGAUAGCCGCCAAGUUGUUGAAUAUAAAGCGUAACUUGUUCUCAGGCAUUGGGUUUGGUCUGCUCUGGUUCUUCAUCUAUGCCUCUUAUGCACUUGCCUUUUGGUAUGGCGUUGGCCUGGUCCUCAAGGGAUAUGAUGAUCCUUACUACGCCAACUACGAUCCAGGCACUAUGAUCACUGUGUUCUUCUCCAUAAUGAUGGGCUCUAUGAACAUAGGCAUGGCUUCGCCGUAUUUGGAAGCCUUUGGAGUAGCCAAAGGAGCCUGCGCUAAAGUGUUUCAUAUUAUUGAGAAAAUACCCGAGAUUAAUCCCAUUGUGUCUAGAGGUAAGGCACUCAAUCAGCCAUUGACCACAAUUGAAUUUCGUAAUGUGGAGUUUCAAUAUCCUACACGCGAGGAAGUGCCUAUACUACAGCAACUCAAUUUAAAGAUACAUCGCGGACAGACCAUAGCGCUGGUGGGUCCGUCUGGCUGUGGCAAAUCCACUUGCAUUCAGUUGAUUCAACGUUUCUACGAUCCUCAAGGCGGUGAGCUGCUCUUUAAUGGCGUCAACAUCAAGGACAUUGACAUCAAUUGGCUACGUGAGCGCAUAGGCGUGGUGGGACAGGAGCCCGUGCUGUUUGGCCAGUCCAUCUAUGAGAACAUACGCUAUGGACGUGAAGAUGCCACCCAGCAGCAGAUUGAGGCAGCUGCUGCAGCUGCUAAUGCGGCCAUCUUUAUUAAAAAACUGCCUCAAGGAUAUCAUACGCUGGUGGGUGAGCGUGGCGCACAAUUGUCCGGCGGACAGAAGCAGCGUAUUGCCAUUGCACGUGCUCUUAUACGUGAUCCGGAAAUCUUGCUGCUGGAUGAGGCCACGUCGGCCUUGGAUACGGCCAGUGAGGCCAAAGUGCAAGCAGCGCUGGAGAAGGUUAGCGAGGGACGUACCACCAUUAUUGUGGCGCAUCGCUUGUCCACAGUGCGCCGUGCAGAUAGAAUCGUGGUCAUCAAUGCUGGUCAGGUAGUGGAGAGCGGCACACACCAGGAACUCAUGCAGCUGAAGAAUCAUUAUUUCAAUUUGGUUACGACGCAGUUGGGUGAGGACGAUGAUGGCACCAUGCUCAGUCCCUCAGGUGAUAUUUUGAAAAAUUUUGACAUCAAAGAUGAGGAUGAAGAAGAUAUUAAGAUUAUACAAGACGAUCUGGAUGUAACACAAACUAAAUCAAAAAAGAAGUUGGGUAAAAAUGAGAAGGCUUCCACCAUGGAAGUGUUGAGAAUGAACAAGCCCGAAUGGAAGGAAAUAUCGCUUGGUUGCGUUUGCUCUAUUAUCAUGGGAUGCGCGAUGCCUAUCUUUGCUGUACUAUUUGGCAGUAUUCUGGAGGUGCUGCAAAGCCGAGAUCCGGUAUAUGUGCGUGAAAAUACCAACAAGUACAGCUUAUACUUUCUUAUCGCGGGCAUUGUGGUGGGAAUUGCCACUUUUUUGCAAAUCUUCAUCUUUGGCGUUGCGGGCGAGCGUUUAACGGAGCGCCUCAGAGGCUUCAUGUUUGAGGCUAUGCUCAAGCAGGAGGUUUCCUGGUUUGAUGAUCGUGACAACGGCACCGGCAGCCUGUGUGCACGUUUAUCCGGUGAUGCGGCGGCUGUCCAAGGCGCCACCGGUCAACGAAUUGGCACUAUUAUACAAUCGAUUGCCACCUUGGUUCUGGGCAUUGUGCUGGCCAUGUACUAUGAAUGGAGUUUAGGUCUGUUGGCUAUGGCCUUUAUACCUUUUAUACUCGUAUCCUUUUACCUGCAACGCACUGUCAUGGCGGAGGAGAACAUGGGCAAUGCCAAGAUCAUGGAAACGACUACCAAAUUGGCUGUGGAAGUUGUCUCCAACAUACGCACUGUAGUAUCGCUGGGCCGCGAGGAAAUGUUCCACAGGAACUAUAUAGCGCUACUGAAGCCAGCCGUAGAUAGAUCCAAGCGUAAUACUCAUUAUAGAGGAAUUGUUUAUGGCUUGGCCAGAUCUAUGAUGUUCUUUGCCUAUGCUGCUUGCAUGUAUUACGGCGCCUGGUGUGUGGUCAAUCGUGGUCUUCAAUUCGGCGAUGUAUUCAAAGUAUCGCAAGCCUUGAUAAUGGGCACCGCAUCGAUUGCCAGCGCCUUGGCGUUUGCGCCCAACAUGCAAAAGGGCAUCAGUGCCGCUCAGACCAUAUUGAAGUUUUUGCAACGUCAGCCGCUCGUGGCCGAUAAGCCGGGUGUGUCCAAGCAGCCGUGGCAUUCCAAUGGCAAUGUGAUCUAUGACAAGAUAGAGUUUACCUAUCCCACACGCAAGGAGGUGCAGGUACUCAAGGGUCUGUUGCUGGCAGUGCAGAGUGGCCAAAAAGUGGCGUUGGUGGGUCCUUCGGGCUGUGGCAAGUCCACUUGCAUACAGCUGCUGCAGCGCUUCUACGAUGUGGACGCAGGCGCAGUAUGCAUUGAUGACGUGGAUGUACGUGAAUUGGCUAUUUCGAAUCUACGAAUGCAGUUGGGCAUUGUCUCGCAGGAGCCCAUACUCUUCGAUCGAACAAUUAAAGAUAAUAUUGCCUAUGGUGAUAAUUCAAGAAUGGUUACGGAUCAGGAGGUCAUAGCAGCGGCCAGGAAAUCAAAUAUACAUGAGUUUAUAUCAACUUUGCCACUGGGCUAUGAGACACGCAUGGGUGAGAAGGGGGCGCAGCUUUCCGGGGGACAGAAACAGCGCAUUGCCAUUGCACGUGCACUCAUACGUAAUCCUAAAAUUCUGCUGCUGGAUGAGGCUACCUCCGCUUUGGAUGCAGAGAGUGAAAAGGUCGUUCAGGAGGCUCUAGAUGCUGCCGCUCAGGGACGCACCACUAUUAGCAUAGCCCACAGAUUGUCCACCAUCGUCGACUCGGAUGUCAUAUACGUGUUCGAGAACGGCGUUGUCCGUGAGAGCGGCACUCAUCGAGAGCUCUUGCAAAUCCGUGGUCUCUACUACAGUCUCUAUAAAUUGCAAACAGGAGCGAUGUAG